CAAGGCCUAAAGGCUGACUCUUUACAACCUUUAGUGCAACAAAAUGAAAAGCUCAUCAAUGCACCUACAUUGGAACAGCUCAUCAAUGCACCUGCCUCUGAACCGCUUGUUGGUGAUGAAAAGGAACUUAAUCAAUCAGGAAAAGCAAAUGAAGCUAAUCUUGUAAUCUUACAUGUCACUAAACAACUUGAGGUUUCCAUAAGUGAGAAAGAUCUUAAGAUGACGCCUCUCAAAACUCAAACGCAGCAUAUUGACUCAACAGCUGUCCUACAGGUAGAGAAGACUUCAGAUGAACUUGAUCUCACAGAGGACCCAUUUAUACCCAAGGCGCAACUUUUUAAUUCACCAUCCUCCAUAGGAAAACUUGAGAGUGCAGAAUCCAAACAAGAUGUUUCAGCACCAGAAGCCCAAUACAACACACCUGUAAAUAACCCUGAUCUUAAUGUUAAGUCAAUAAGGUCUAAAGGGCAGCAUCUCAACUCAUCUCCUACUGAAAACACAGAAGUUUCUAUAGAUGAUCUUAAUGUUGACCAACUCAAAACUGAAGCACAACUUAGCUCAGCUGGAGGAAAAUUUGAUACUGAGUGUAAGGAAGUGAGAAUCACCCUGUGUAGCUCAAGUUCACAAUUACUGAGUUCAUCAGGUAGUGAACAGAAAUCACACUUAAAUGAAAACAGUGACAGGGUUCAAAAUACCUUAGAAGGUUCACUUGUUGAUGAAAUUCAGAAGUUCAGUAUUCAAGACACCAAUACUCCUGUCAAAAAUAUAACCCAGAUACAUGACCCACUGGAAAAUCAGGCUGUUGAAAGUCAGCUGAUAACAGAGAUGAGUUCCUCUGCUUCUAAUAAACUUGAAGUUAAUCAUGUCAUGUACCCAUGUGCUACACAGAAAAUUCAGGAAGAAACUGUCACUUCUUCUACGCCAACUAGCAACUGUCAAGCCCGAGAUGAACAGAUCAUUGCCAAGGGACUAAUGAAAUCAAAAGAUCCUUCUUCAUUAAGCAGUCAAAAAGUUAAAAAUUGCGGAGCCAUUCAACCUGAUAUUGGCAAAAUGUUGGAAGAUAAGAAUGAAAUAGUUAUUGAAGAUCCAAAUAUGAGCAAAAAUUCAGGUGAUCAGAUUUCUACAAAAGCAAGCAUUCUGGCACCAACUCUCCAAACCAAAUCUCCCCAGAUAACAUCUGAUACUAAUAUUUCCAUCAACCCAUUAAAUCUCAAAACUCAGUUGAUAAAUACUCCAAGCGCUAAUAAUCUGACAUCUUGCAAUAGCAAUAAUUCAAAAAGCUCCUAUGAUCAAGAAAAUUAUUUUAGUAUUGAGAGUUCCAAUGCAUCAAGUUUCAAUUUAACCAUUCAAGAAAUUGCCAUGUCUCCUGAAGAUAAGGAUACAGAGCAAAAAGUCUCGAAUGUGGAGCCUUUAAAGGAUGAAAGUGAUAAAGCCCAUGCUCAAGAGGACAUGGUAACAGCAGUUACUGACAAACCAUUUAUUGUAAACCAUGAUAAAGAAUCUUUCCCAAAACAUUCAGCAGCACAUGAAUCAAUUCCAAAUACCCCAAAGAUAAAAACAAGCAGAAAUGAUGAUGUCACUAAAGCUAAAGAUGAAUCAAUUCCAUUUUCACCCCAGGAACCAGAUAUUGCUGAAAAUGAGUUGUUUAUUCCAGCAACAGAAGGUCAGUUCAACUGAGUCAUUUAAUUUUAGCUAAAUCUCUGUGUUAAAUUAUCUUAAUGUAAACAGUAAAGUUGUAAAAAAAAAAUUAAACAAUUAAAUUUCAACUUUGAUGGUAACAUCAGAUAGUAAAAUUAAAAUAUUUGUUAAAACUUUCAAUCCCCUCCACCUCCUUCAGCAUCCAAACCAUCCCCCCCCCCACUCCCCUUUCUUAAAGUUACAGUUUUAAAAGUUUUUGAUAUUACCCAUUAAUGAAUACUAUAUAUUCUGUUUCGUUUAGCCUUUAAUGAUCCUGCAUUCUUUGACAUGCUGGAGCACACAUCCAGUGGUAAGGUAAGAUAAGAUUUUUUUUUUUUACACUUGUAUGUUUUAUGAAGUUUGGUCUGUGCUGAAAACUUGAUAUAAUUACAAGCAAGCUACAACAUGGAACAUAUUCUUUCAGGCACCUAACUCAAAAAGAGGAUCAGUUCUUCUUAAGUUCGAUCCUUUGCAAGACCGCAGAGAUUCUCUUGCUUCCAAGUCAUUAAACACAAGUCCAGGUGGGUCAUUCUCUGUUUUAUAAAAAAAAUUAUUUGACAUUAUGCGGAAACUUGUGUAUCAGUGCAGAUGAAAAUUGUGUAAUGCUUUAAUACUUUUUUAAGGGUGGGUGGAGAAUGUUUUGGAGAUUUGAUAUGUAGUGUUGAUUAGUUUCUCAGACAGACUUGUUCACUCUUAUGAUUUUGAUGUCCAUUACGAUGUUAUGUACAGUUAUAGGGUUUUGAAAAUUUAAUCUAUUUUAAGUUUUGGCUCAUAGAAUGACAACCAGUAUAGAUUAAAACAAUACCAAAGCUAGUGAUACCAUAUCAAUUUGAUUAUACUAUUAAAUUUCUAUGAAAAUACAAAUGUGGGUGAAUUGACAGAGAAAUUCAAUUGAUAGGAGACAUGCAUAAUUAUGUUACGUAGGUACCCGGUACAAAGAGGGAAAGCGGGUAGUGGACUUGACAUAGCAGCGCAAGGUUGAACAUACAGGAGAGGGAAAGGGAGAUGUCUGUCUCGAUCUGUGAUUGAUUGGUUACUUUCAUCAAAUGAUUUUAUAUGUUUAUAACGUCCUAAUCACACCAACCUAAACACAAGUCUUUUUUUCCAAUAGCAAUGUAAACUUAAAUCCAGAAACAUUGAUAUGAGGCUGUCCAAUGAAUCAAACACAUGUUUAGCGCAGCUAACUUUAAGUAGAAAAAUAUAGUUCCACACCAACUGCAAAACAAAAUGCACAUAACCAAAGACAGACCAUCAACACUACGUCACAGCUACGAUAAAAAUAUGUUGCCACAUGUCACAAGCCUUAAUGGCACCAUAAGCAUUCAUUAACAAAACUAACACACACAACACACAGUGCACAAUAAAACACCAUAUUCUGAGUACAGCAAUUACUAAUGAAUAAUGAAUACCCAUACUUAUAUCUCCCCACCUACAUUCCAGAUCUCACAGAGUUAAAUCAAAACCCAUUAACAAAGAUUCACUUAAAGAUAUUUAAUUUGAGACCCUUGGAGAAAAAAAAAAAGGACCUGUCCCCCAAAGAUAUUUAGCAUCCCUGAAAAAUUAAUGGUAUUUAUUCAACGGUGGUGUAAGCCUAAGGCUCACCACAUUCGUUCCAACAAACCAUUCGUACAUCAUUUUACUACAAUGCAUAACAUAAAACAGUUGACGUCAAAAUUCAUAAGGGGCAAUUAAUACAAUUCCUAGAAAUGAAAGUCAAUCUUGCCUCAGUAAAUCCUAUGUAAUAUCUACUUAAUUUAAUGAACUAUUGUCCAAUCCUAGUUCUCAUGUAACAUUAAAUUCAAAAAUAAAAAUUCCUUCUGUCCCCAAUCAAGGCAUUUACAUCCACCUCCUUGAUGUCUUUGUAAACAUAAUUGAGAUUAGCUCAUUCACAUUAUUAAUUUGUUCUUUAAAGCAGUAACACAGCAGAGCUGUUAACAUAAGUAUCAGUGGGAGAUGUCUCACCACAAUAUAAGCAGCAUUUAUUUGCUCUUACUUGAAAAUUUUAUGAAUGGCAAGACAUUUCUUUCGUCGGUAGAUUUAACACCCAUAAACUUACCAAGUCAAUUAUUAUGUGACACUUUCCUGCUGUCGCAACUCAUAGUCUUCGGCUGAGCCAUGGAUAAUGUAUAAAAUUACAGAUUUUAAAAAACAUAAGUAUUCUUAACUGCUCCACACAGCAGUGUAAGAUUUUGACAUAUUUAUAAGAUCUAGUAAUUAGUAAGUGGCUUUUGAAAUCUAUUUUUUGAAGUAACUAAGCCGCUGUACAAAUUUUAAAACCUGUGUUUUGUUCCAGCUCUCCUCUUCCCUGCUACUAAUACAGCUUGCAGUAGUUAUUAGAUUAUAAUAUGUUAACAGAAAAUAAAAUCAGGCUCCUAGGCUUAAUACAGCUUGGCUAACCCACUGCCUGUCAUGUUAAAUAUCGUGGCCAGAUGGAUGUAAUCAUAAAUCCAUUUAUUUUCAUUCUUGGAAUAAACGCAUAAUUGAUAAAUAUAUAUAUUUAUGUAUAUACACAUGCACAAUUUCUGUGUAUGGAACCCUAUUUUUGACGGACUUUUAAAAAAUAAACUGAAAUGAGUAAUACCGGGUACAUUAAAAAACAAUUUUACUAUUUAGUUACUGCUAAAAAUGAGAACCUAAUUUUCCACAAGCAUUCUGAUUAAAUGUAGAAUAAUGCAAAACUAAGUUCAAGUUCAGAUAUGCACAAAAGUGCAUCCCUGCAUUUUGAAUUUAUAAAAUAAUUUCUGGGAAGGGGGCUCAGCCCCAUCACCACUUUUUCUCAGGUGACUUUGGCUGGUGUCCUUGAUUUUUUUCUCCCCCCCCCCCACCCCAUCUUAGUCUAUCAAAGUGGAAAUGACAGAUUUCCUUUUUAUGUGCAAUAAAGCACUAUAUAUAUAAUGUAAGUCACUUCUUUGGGAAGUAAUCUUUAUUAGACAUUCAAUGCGAAUAGUUAUUGUAUACGUUAUAUAGUAUUUUUAUUUAUUUACUUUUAUGUAACCAUACUGUACGAGUUUAAAAUGGUAAAGUACUACUCUGAGAUGCUAUUGUACUAUUUUUGGAGUUCCAGGGUAAACAGGUGUGGUAUCUUAAAUUUUUUUUAAUGCCAUAAUUUUGAAGUUUUUUUUUUUUUUUUUUUAUAGAUACAAUUAUUCAAGGGCAAGCUCAAAAACCUGGACGAAUGUCUGAUGUAUUCAAGGAUUCUAAAUUGGGCAGGUAAGUAAAGUAUUAAGUCUUAAGUUAAUGAAAAAUUUUUUUAAUUUUUUUUUAAUUCCUUAAUUUUGAAGUUUUUUUUUUUUUUUUUAUAGAUACAAUUAUUCAAGGGCAAGCUCAAAAACCUGGACGAAUGUCUGAUGUAUUCAAGGAUUCUAAAUUGGGCAUGUAAGUAAAGUAUUAAGUCUAUAGUCUAUGAAAAAUUAAUGAUACAGUAAGUAUAUCUCAUGUAUUUUAGCAUUUUGAUACUUGACACAAGCAUAAUAGCUUAGAAGGAAGAACAAAGUAUCGUAAAACCAGAGAAAAAAAGGACUUGAAAAAACGUGUCGGCAAUAAGCUUUCUUUAGCGAAAAAACAACCAUAAAAACAAUAUAAAAUUUUGAAUAAAAUAAACACUUAGCUGCAAAGUUGUAUUCGAGACAGCAAGAGGAAUGAGAUAGAACAUAAGUAGGUGAGAAAGCUAAUACAUGCAAAAUGGCAGAAGAAAGGAAAAGUAAGUCCACUGCGAUCAGUCGACACAGAGUGGUUGGGGGGGGGGGGGGAGAAACAUGAAUGAGAACAAAUUUAUGUCCUGUGGGGUCAAGGACCCAAAAGUCUGAAUCAGUUUGUUUUCCCAUAAAUGGCAGAAGAAAGGAAAAGUAAGUCCACUGCGAUCAGUCGACACAGAGUGGUUGGGGGGGGGGGGUGGAGAAACAUGAAUGAGAACAUAUUUAUGUCCUGUGGUGUCAAGGACCCAAAAGUCUGAAUCAGUUUGUUUUCCCAAGAUCACUUAGUUUUGCUUGUUUGUACAAGACACAAUGGUGGUGAUAGCAAAAUCCCUUGUGGUCGCUUCAAUUGAAGUGUUUUGGGAUGGACACUGCUUAUCUUGUGCAAUAUUACUGUUUUCAGUAUAUCUAUCAGAGAGGUGCUGUCCAUUCUUACAUGAUACGCCCUCUGGCAUCGGGUAUAAACAAUGGCUUAACAACAUUGCUGCUAAUACAAAAUACCUUAUCUGAGAACUUCCUUUAGGGAAGGGAAUGUGUUGAGUCUGGAUGACAAAAGGACAAGUUUUGCAAUGGCUGCGUCCACAUGGUAUGAUCUCAAAGUGGGAGGGGGCAGCACUGACUAAACUGCGCACAAAGAGAUCUUGCAGAUUUUAAACACUUUUGAAAACGGGGGGUGGGGGUGGAAUGUUGUGGGUGUAUGGCUCGGUGAGGAGAAUGGCACGGUUUUUGAGAUUGUGGAAUAAGCUUGGUCCUGUCGCCAUUGUUACAAGACCUAAAGGAAUGAGCACAAGUUCCAUUUUUAACCAGUCUGAUGCAAGUACUGUCUCCGAGUAGGACCUACAUAGUCAAUCAUCUCAAGUGCGUUGUCCCAAAAGUCAGACUCUGAGUUGAUGAAGAUGACGUAGUUGAGAAAAGGGAAUAGAAUUCUUACAGGAUUUAGGGUGGGAAGAAGAGUAGAGUAAAUAGUUGUGGCUGUCAGUAGGUUUAAAGUUGGUGAGUUGGAGGUGGAGGUGAGUUGACUGUCUUUGUGAAAGGUGUCCAAAAAGUUAACUGAGAUCUCAGAGAUGAAAGGUGUGAAUUUAAUGGAGGGGUGAAAAAAGCCUACAAAGUUGAAGGAAAGGUACAAUGCACUUAUCUCCAUAGUGGUGACCCCAAUACCAUCAUCAAUGUACCUUUUAUGACGUUCAGGGAGGUGUCCAGUGUAAUUUCUCUCCAGCAUUUGUUCGAAAUGUCCCAUGAAUAAACAAUCGUCCCAUUUUAGUCCCCAUUGCAACACCACUGAUUUUGUUGAAGAAUUGGCUGUUAAACUCAAAUGAGGGUGAGAACAAGUUCAGCCAAUCCAAGGAGGGUGAUAGUAAGUAUAGAUGGACUUUGUUUACUUUUGAGAAAGAACUUGUGAAUCUAAGAAACCAUCAGUAUGAGGGAUAGACGCAUAUAGAGAACAUACAUCAAGCAGAAAUAGAUGUUUCUUCUCAGGAUGGAUGAUGAUAGAUUCAAAAGUUUUCAAAGCAUGGUUGGUGUCUUUGAUAUAAGUGGGCAGUGAUGCUACCAGGCGUUGAAAAACUCCAUCAAGGAAUUCCAAGAUAUGUUCGGUGGGAGAAGAGCAUGCUGAGACGAUGGGUCUACAUCAUUAUUUUUCUUGUGUAUUUGAGAAGUAGAUAGAAACAGGGCUUGUGAAAAGCAGAGGGAGAUUUAAGGAAUGCGGAAAAGUUUUUUUUACCAUGUCUUUGUUUUUAGUACCCGUAAUAGAGUCUGUAAAACUGAGUGUCUUCUAAUUCCCUUUGUGCCUCUUCAACACGUAGAUUUUUGUCACAACGACGGCUCCACCUUUGUCAGCUGGUUUCAUGAUAAAAUCUUUCCAGGUACAUAGCUUAGAGAGUGCCUUCGACUCUUUCAGAAAGAUUAAAAUGGCAGAGUGAAGGCAAAAGGAGAUUCCCCCCUUGUUACCAUUUUACAUAAUAACUUAGAAUUUUUUAUUUUUAAAAAUCCUUAAAAUAUCUCCUUGCUUUAAAAAAUGAGAUUGAAAUGUAAUUUAUUAAUUAAAGAAUGUCAUUGUCUAUGUCAAUAGCUCAUAAAUUUUUACCAUUUGUUUUCACAGAAGCUUUAUUGAUGAAAGUGUCUGUUUGUUUGGUACUCCACCACGUGUCGCACGGAGACGCACACUGACUCGUCGUGUUCACAAUUACAGGGCACAAUCGAUUGAAGAGGAGAAUUCCUCCAAUGAAGUGGAUAUGAUAUUUGGAUUAGACAAUGAGGGUGAUGGCAUGGAUACAGUGAGUAUUCAAUUUUACUGUGCAUAUAUUAAUGUAUUAUUAUUUUUUUAACCUGUAUCUUUUAAGGCUGUUUAGUAAUUUUAAAAUUGUUGUUUUUAGAUCAUUUAUGAUUUGAUGAUAAACUUUUAUACAAGCCGUAAAGGAACACAGAUUUUGAGCAAAUAAAAUCUGAUCUGCCUUUUCCAACAAAAUCUUUUUGUUACCUUGUUGGACAGUUUAUUUUUUAACCAUAAUUUAAAAUAUUUUAAAAAAUUAUCUUUAUUAAUAAAUCAUGAUUAAAUGCACACAGUAAUUCUGAGUAAUAUUACAAAAGUUGAAGUUAGCCGUGGAACUUACAUUAAAAAAAAUGUAUUUCUAACUUUAUUUUACUUAGCCCACGUUUUUUCAGUUUUCAUGCCUUAAGUCUUAGCUUGGAUUUAGAAAAUAAUUGUGCCGGUAAUUAUCAUUUUCUUAACUUUUCUUACAGAUAAUAAAUGAUAACUUACAUCCAAUGAAUGAGGGUCCAAGGCUUGUUGACAUUGGAGAGGUAGGGUUUGUUAUUCUGUUUUUUUUUAAUAAUGCAUAUUCCAUACAUUCCUUAUGAUUUAGUUUAGUAUUGAGAUGAACUGAACUAUAUACAAUCCCCCAUAUAGGCAUAUUUCUGUUUUACGACAGACUCAGUAUGAAGGAAGUAACUCAAGGCCAAGUUAACAGAAUCCAUCCAAUCAGUUUUACUUACACCAUAUCCAACUCUAGCUCAAAAUGUUAUGUUCUACUCUAGGCUCAUCUCUAUAGGGACCCCGAGUGUUUUCCUAGUGAACUGAUUUCACUAAAAGUAUCUUCUCUUGUCCACAUAUAUUUCCACAGCACUAGUGACUUCAUAACUAAUGUGUUCAGUUCACCCCAAUUUAAUUGCUCCCACACAACUUUCAACCAAUGGUCUUCACUCUUAAUUUGAGACAAGAUACUCACCCAUUCAGUUAAUUUUUAACAGAGCUAACUUUCUCUAAUUAAUAAUUAGUUUAAGGACUAAGACCAAUAUUAGACACUGCUUGUCUCAAUAUUGACUCAUGAUUCUAAUGACCUUGUUACAAUCUGUUUCAGUCAUUCUGAAAUGACUUCAUAUUUGCCUCUUAAUAAAUCUGCAGUGUUUCAAAUCUUAGCAUUUUUGUAUUCAAAUUAUAUAUGAGACAUUAUUCUCAAUAAAUGUUUUAUUAUUUUCUUCAAACAAUUUAUAAUCAAUAGAAUAGUUAUGGCUUAGGUUUUAACAUGUUUGAAAUAUUAAAGCAACUCAUUUCCACACAAUACUGCAGCAGAAUGUCGCUUAUCUGAACACAAGGUUUUCAAUUAUCAGAGCCACUACUUCCAUCUCCACUACAAACACUACACCCACAUACAGUUACUCAAUAUGUUUUGUUCAUUAUCAUUUAUGCAUGUUAAAAAUUAUUUCACAGAGAUAUUUCUAACAAGAGUUUUGCAUUGUAUUUUUGUAUCAUUGGGAUAUUUUCAUAUUUUGAUUGCUUCAAUAAAUCCCUAUAUUUUUACUGUGAAUCUCUUGGCUGUUAUUUAGUUGAAUUUUUGUAUCGUUCAUCAUAUUUUUUCUGAAAGAAUCCAUGUUUUUUGCCUGUAACAGAUGCCUGUUUACACAGAAAGUGAUUUGAAACAGAUUCGUGCAGACCUUACAAUGCAUUUUCAAGAAUUGAUGCUGAAAAAGGAUCGUGAAUUCCAGGAAAAGUUAAAAGAACAGGGACAGUUGGCAGAGCUUGAGAAGGAGAAGUUUAAAACUGAAACUAAUGGUCUCAAUCAGAAGAUUAAAUCUCUACAUGGAAAACUGAAAAGUCUUAAGUAUGAGUAUAGAUAUGUUUUAUUUAUUUUUUUUUAAACCUUGCUCUGCUUUGAACCUAUUAUUUGGUUUUAUAAGACCAGGUGUUUUUUUCUGUCAUUUUUCACAAGUAGCCUAAAUAGUCCUCUCCAAGUUAUGAGACAAUUAAUUUGGUUUUAGCUAUGAUCCCAUUAGGUAAACAAAAAAAACACAGAAUAUGUCUCCAUUUCUUAAUAUUUUAUUUUUAAAUGCUUGUAUUUACAGUGAUGUGAUGAAGGGAUACACAGAAAUAAUAUCCCAGCUGACAGGUAAAUGACUUUCUUAAAUGAUAAGCUUUUAAUCCACUAUGUUGUGCUUUAUGUAAGUAAACUUUUUGAUUCCAUGAGUGAUGUUUUUUUGUAUCAGUUAGGUAAUGAAGUAAUAUUUCAAUCUCCUUUUUAUAGACUCAUGAGACAGUGGUUGGGAGGGGUCAAGGACAAAUUUAAAUUCAAAAUAUAAUUUUCUGGUGGUUCUUCUUUUAUUGUGAUGUUUGCAUAUAUAUCAAGCUUCCACAAACCUUGCUCCACUAUUUCCUUCACUUAGCUUAAAUGCCGUCCUUCAUUCGUUAUCCUUUAUAUUAUGGCAAUUGAUAGCUUUCAUUAUUAAUGUCAUUAUAUAUAUUUAAAUUAGCAUAGUCUUUAACAGCUUUAAUUAUUAAAUUUAUUCUGCAGUGGAGAAAGAGAAAGCUCAGCUUGAGGUUGAGAAGGUGACAGUUGAUUUAUCAGAGCUACAAAAGUAUAAUAGCCAGGUAGUAAUCAAAUAUUUAGAAAUAGAUAUUAAAAUUCUCAUUACUUUGAGUAAAAGACUAAACAGUAAACAUUUACAUUAUUACAUUUACAAUUAAUUAUAAGCAAGGCACCCCUUUUUUUUUUUAAUUUAAAGAAGACCUCUUACUUCUCCAAUUCUUGCAGGCAUAAAUAUCAAUACAUAAUACAUCAAUAUCUAUACUUAAAAUACAUUGAAUUAAAAAGAACUCUUUUUGAAUUUUUAAAAAAUUAAUCAAUCUUAAUUGUUCUCCUCUUACACUGUUAAGACAGUUCAGUAUUAUUAACAAUCAAUACAACACACAGGUAAUUGAAGACAACAAGACAUUAGAAAAAUCUUUUGAUGAUCUUUUCCAUCGCUAUGAAAAAUUAAAGCAGACGCUGGAGAAAGCUGCUGAGGUAAGACUUAAUUUUUCAAAUGGACACUAAGUUUUUCAGAUAAACCUCUGAUGGCUCCUAACUGACAUCUAUAGCUUCUUCAGCCAGUUAUUUUUUUUGAAAUUUUGCCACAAAACAGUUGGAACAAUUAAAAUGGCAGUAAUUUGUCUCUUCUUCAUUAGCUACACCAGUAUUAAGGUGUAAUCUUUAUUUUAUAAUUAAAACACUGUAAAUGAAGGGGCUAUAAAUAAUAUCGCUUUAUAAUAAUUGAAGUAAUGAAAAUGUGAGUGUUAAAAAAAUUGUAAUAUGUGAUAGUUUUUUGCUAUUUUUGAAAUGCAAAUGAAGUUUUCAAAUUUAAUACCUGUGUAAUCAGAAUGAGAAGGUUCUCAAGCAAGCUGUUCAAAGUGCUCAAGAGAAGUAUAAAUCUAUCAAAGAAACUGCCAGAAAGAUCAAAGAAGUUGCCGAGGCCAAAAUAGCAGAGUGAGCAUAAUUUUUGUUUCAGCAUCUUUUCACCCUCACAUAAAAACUAUUCAAUAUCUUAUUUAUUUUGAAAUAUCCUCAAAUCAAUGCUCAUGUAAAAAUGUAGCAGAAUAUGAAUUUUAGUAAGGACUUUAUAAAAGAAGCACAAUGUUAAGGGCAUGUUUAUUAUUUCCUUUUAUUUAAGGAAAAAGUGGGGAGAACUAAAUAUUAAUUAUACAGGGUUUCCCCACCCCCAGAGUGUGUGGCAGCAUUUCAGUGAGUUCAAGGAAAGGGAUUGUAAGAACAGAGGAGCUUUUAACUUAUGAAAUAAAUGUAUAUAUAUAUUAAUUUUUUUAUAUUUCUUUAUUUACAUUUUCCUUUAUGUAAAAAGUCACGAGGUUAUUUUUCUAAAUUGUACAGUUCUCUUUGCAAUUCAAUUAAUCAAUUAGCAUUACAUUAUUUUAAAAUGCAUUGUUACCUUGUAGGGGUGCGAGAAUAGUCAUUUGUAGGGGGUGUGGAGUAUAGAAAAGGUUGGGAAACAGAAUUAGAGGAUCCCAUGAAAGUUUAUGUCUUCUAUUUUGAAAGUCUAGAAUUUAUUAAUUACUACACAUACUUCUAGUAUCUAUUCAAACUACUGAAAAUUAUCUGGAAAAAUGUUUAUGUUUUUAUUAAUCAAUAGUAGUGUAAAUUUUAAUCAUAUAAAAUCUUGGUAUUUUAAUUGGCAAUUACUAAAAUUAAUUGUUGAUAUUACUAGAUUCUUUUUUUUUUUUUUGUGUACAUUAAUUAGCUUUACACAAAGCAGACCACUUGCAAACCUAUCAAGUGAACUUCUUGGAAAAAAAAUUAGUUAACCCCUUUGGCGCUUCUAUUAAGUGUCGAUCUACAGUAAUUUAAACAUUUUGUGAAUCAAAACCAACAUAUUUUAAGUCUAAUACGGGUAUGUAUAAGGCAACAGAGCAAAAUUUUGAAUAUCUUCAACAUAAAAAUUUGUAAAGCAGCAAGUUUUCUAACUCAUUAAUAUAUUUGUAGGCAAGAUGAAAAAUAUGAAAAACUGUCCAGCUCUACUAAAUCAGAGUUAACCAGACUUGAAGCCUCUCUGAAAAUGAAAGAUAUGCAGGUGCAAGGACUUGAAAAUACUCUGGAACAAAAGGUAGGUUUGAAUACUGCUGUAGGUAGUUUUUAAGUUUCUCUCUCAUUUUCUUUGAAAAUGUAUUUAUAUUCAAGAAAAAUACUUAAAAUUCCAAUAUGCCUUGACGCCUAUGUCUAUGUGUUUACCAAAAACUUUGUCAAAAUUUAAAUAUCUUUAUGAUGAUCUUGUGGUUCAUUACAAUGUCAAGCCUAGGCAUACAACAUUUUUUAUGGUCAUAUUUAGAUUUUUAACCCACGAACUGUGGCAUGCAUUAUUCUGUGGUGUGGAGCUUUUCAGAGCAUUUUGGGUGACAUUUGAAAUUGCAUUAAAUGACAUAGAAAUCUUGAUACAAUACCCCAAUAAAUUAUUAUUUUUAGAAAGGUAAAUGGAUGGGGAUAAAGUUGGCCAUAUUGCCCACCCUGUAAAAAAAUGUUGCUCAGUGUCCUUGACCUUGGAAUUCUCAAGGGAAAAAAAUCAACAAAAUGUCUUGCUUUCAAGUGCUCAUAACAUCAUUAAUUUUUAUAGAUACACUUAAAACGCAAAUCUAAAUGUAGCCAAUUUAUUUAUCUUUCAGAAAAUGUAUACUUUGCUAAGAUUUUGAUUGCAACUAAACAUCUGAAAGCAAUUUUAGUAAUUUUAGGUCAUUUAUAUAAGAAACUAGUGCCAGACCUGUUUACUCUUACGAUUUUGGCGUACAAUGUACGAUUUUUAGAUGUCUUUUACGAUUGUACGCCAAGACCCCCCAAAACUACGAUUUUCAGAGACCCGGUGGAAAAAAUUUUCCCCCGAUUUAAAAACAUUAAUAAAUUUUCGGGUUUGGACGUUUUAGCCUUCUCUAAUGAAGAUCUGGCAGUGAAUAUGAACGAGAAAAACGAUUGGUUGGAUUUUUUUUUUUUUUAAAGUUGGGACCAUCCUUAUUAUAUUUCGAAAGCACUCAUGGGGACUGGGGGAGGUGGGGUUGUUGAUGACGGAAAUUGUGGCAUACGAGACACGCAUGGGUAGGGGAUUGAUGGGAGUGUCAAAGGAUAUAAAUAAAUAACCCCGACGUAUCGUAUUGACGGGAUCACAGUGAACUAGCUGGCUGCUGCGUCAACAGUAAUAUUUGGAUUGGUGGCCCUAGCGACAACUUCACCCGCCAUCGCCUUUGACUGCUACCAAGCGUGUGACGUAGUUUUGUUACAUAAUUAUUUUGUUCCUCAGAACCGCGGCGAUUGUAAAAAUAGAGAUGGUUUUUAAAAUAAAAUAGAUGAUCCAACUGUUCUGCAGUGGAGCGUUGGAUUUUGGCAUACCGGUAUUUUAUAAGAUCCAGUCAGCGACAUUUACAAAAUAUAUGGAAAUAUUUUGUAGUUUUAUUUAUUUACUAUAGAGAUAUUGUAUUGUACGAUUUUGAGACCAGAUUGUACGAUUUUAGGGGUUUGAGGGUAAACAGGUCUGUAGUGCUAAAACCAAGUAUAAAAUACAAAAUCUCAGCCAAAAUAGUUAUUAUUGACUAGUAAACAUUUAAAAAGGAAUGUGGAACUGAUUUGGUUAGUUUAACUAUAAAAUGUAUUAUUCUGAACUAUAAUCUGUAGAUUCUGUGACUAAAAUUCAGUCAGUCCUUGCCCAACCUCCGGGCCUGGCUUUGAAGUCUAACAGUAGCCUCAGUAGGCCUACUUCAGUAUCACUAUAACUAGUAAAAAAUUCACGAAAAGAAUAAUCUCAACUGAUAUCGUCAUAAGGAAUGUUAAAUCAACAUCAGUAUCACUUAAAACCUCUCCUAAAAAGCUUUCAAACAUAUUUCUAUUAGUUCUUGCACUGGAGACCAAGCCAUAGCAUCAUACAUUUUAGCUUUAAAAAACAGCAAUAUAAAACUCCGAUUAAAAUGUAUUUAUUUUCCCGUUACCAUGAAACAGCUUGAACCAGAAGAUGAUUUAACUAAUAAUAAAAGGAAGUGGCUUUAAUUACGGUUAAAUAUUGGAUUGGAAGUUGCUUUCAGACUGUGUUUUUUAUUGGCCGCCACAGUACAGAACGAGAAUGUCGGCCGAUUUUUUUGGCCGACCACAGUUCGUGGGUUAAAGAAAACAUGCCACUACCAGUUCCUGAAAGUACAUAUUUUUUUUUGUAGAUUGGUAUUUAUUAACUCUCUGCAGUCCGACUAUAGAGAAAAGGUACUUAAAGUACCAUAGAUUUUGUGGGUGGGUUAUUUAUUUUUUAACGUUUUUUUUUUAUUGAAAAAAAAAAUAUUUUUUAUAUUUUAAUAAUUUGUUUCAUUGGUUUAAGUAAAAAAAAAUAAAAAAGUUAAAGUUAGUGAUCUGGUCAGAGCUUAAGUAUGUGUAAUUUGUAAUCAGCAUUUCCAACUUGUUAGACGUUAUUAUAUGAUCGGCAGCAUAAACAAAAAUCUUCUGAAAAUCUGUACAACUAUUUGCAACAUUAUUUUAGUUGAACCCACAUGUUGACAAGCCAAUAUCAGAGAAACAUCUGCUUCUUUUUCUUCAUUAUUAUAUGGCAGUAUCUGGGUUUCACAAGGAAUACCUGUUUUAUUGUGUUUAAAAUAAAUGUUGAAAUGUUCUGCUUGAAAUAAAGAAAUAAAUUAAUGUAUACAUUUUUUUUUAAUUUCAGAGGAAGGAAAACAAAGAAUUGACAGAUUUGUGUGAUUCCUUGAUCAAUAAGGUUUCUUCAAAAUGAUGUUUUAUUACAAUUGCAAUUAUGGUUUAAAAUUGUAUAUUUAUUUCACUCUUUAUUUAAUUUGAAUUUAUCUAAAUAACUGGAUAUACAAAGAAUAAAUCUAGACUAUAUAAAAAAUACUAUAUAUAUAUAUAUAUAUAUAUCAUAUAUAUUAAGCUUCUGGUAGACUGCUUCCUAAUCAGCUAAUUCGGUAUUGAGAGUAUAUUACAAAUAAUUCUAAAUAUUUGAAAGAAAGUAUGGUUCAAUAAUGAGUUUAAUGGCACGCAAAAUAUAAUUCCUGAUAACUACGCUGAAUGUUUGGUUUUUUUUAUUAUGCAACUGCGUUUGGAGCAUAUUUUCUUUUCGGAAAAUUAAAAAUCGUCUCAAUUUAAGUAGGGUGUAAAAAAAAUAAUCUGUUUAAAAGUGGUUGGGACAUCAGAAUAUUUAAUAUAGUUCAUGGGCAUGAAAUAAAAAGUGUGCAGUGGCGUAUCAUGGGGAAGAGAUGUAGUGAAAAUUGGAAUUCUUAAACGUGAGUUUAUUGAGUUCUUGUUUUGUCAAGUAACUUUAGUAGAUGGGAAGUUCACACAUUGCUGUUGCCAAUGUUUAGUGGGGAUAUUUAGCAUAUAUAUAUUGCAGUAGCUUCAUCAUAUUCAUUUUUGAAGCAAACUGUUAGUGUAGUGGAAAAAAAAAUCAAAGAUUUAUUUAUUUCGUAAGUUAUACCCUAUGUCUUUAAUCUAAUAAAGUAGUUUCCAUCUAGUGCGUCACCAAGUAUUACAGGUGGGUCUCAGGAUUUGAUGUUGAUAAUACGUUUUUUAAAAGGCAGUUUAUUUAAAUAGUAAUGAACCUAUGAUAUAAUUCAUAACUUGCUUGUACAUAACAAUUUGGUUGAUCAGUCAUUGCACCAUACUGGAACAGAUGUGUUUUUUUUUCAAUUUUUUGUAUCGUAUCCCUGAAUUUUAUUAAUUUUCUGUUGAAAGAUUUAAAAGGUUGAAAAUGGCUGCUCUGAUACAUAUAAUUUGAAUAUGCAGCUUUCUGGGGGUUUUGUUUUGUAUACCUCAUUGUAAACAAGUCUACCAAAACCGUGUUGUCCUUUUUUGGGAGGGGUGGUUCUGGAAUGGAGAGUUCUAGGUGCAUCAAAAUCAAAUAUAUCAAGAUUGCUUUAUACAAUAUAUUAUUUUUAUAACAAUUCAGCUUUGAAUUGGUAUUCCCAAGUCAUUUAAUUAGACCAAUUCUAUAUGGUCUUAAUUAAUUGUUCAUAUGUCACCGCAAUGUAUUUUUCUGUCAGUUUUGUACAGUUGAACAACAGCACUGCAUUUCAUUAAUUCUUCUAAAUCAUAUCUAUUUAUAGAUUCAAAAUUUUCAAGUUGUGCCUUCUGGAUGUCUCAUUGAAAUAUUAGCAUUGUUCAAUUAAGAUGUUAUCGACUACC